CAGGGAUCGGGAAGACGGCUAGGGACCAUCUGAUUCGCGCAUGUCAUCAGAAUCCGCGCGGAGGUGUCAACUGUACCCGAUUUACAUCCGCUCCCAGAAGGGUUCCAUGUCUUUCGGAUGUGCCGGUGAGGCGGUCAGGAUCCCAAUUCAAUGCACACGUCCUCCACAGCUUUCUUGCUCUGUGCUGCGAUCUCCCUGCCCUACAACUAUUUCAUGAAUUCCCAGGAUGAGCGACCAGCCUGGAGUUGUUAUGGAUAUCUUUCGGAAAUCCCUUGGCGCGCUCUUGUUGGGCAUGUUUGCGCAGGCAAUUGUGUAUGGCAUCGCAUCUUCGGUGACAUGGACCUACUUUCGACGUUAUGCCAUCGAUCGAGGUUGGUUCAAGGCGAUGGUAUUCAUUAUUUGGCUGGCAUGCACGUUCUGCCUAGCAGUCACGAUCCGUAGCAUGUACAGUUACAUCGUCACAGACUAUAUGAACACACGAGGACUUCAAGUCUUCCCGUGGGGUGUCGCUAUCUUGACCACUUCCAUAUCGUUUGUCACCACGGUUGUCCGCUUUAUGUUUCUGAACCGAUUACGUCUUCUAUACCAGGCAAAAGGAGAGCUCAAUGCCUGGCGAGCGUUUUAUUUAUGCUUGAUAGCCCUACUUUCCCUAGCAGAUCUUGCCGUAGCAAUUACCAUCACAGUCAAGAUGUUCCUUAAGCCAUCCAUCGAUACUUUGACCAUACUCUGGAAUUUGUUGGUGACGAUAUUUGCCGUAGGGAUAUCCGCAGACGUCAUACUCGCGAGCAUGAUGUGCAUAUGUCUGCAUAUGUCGCGCACUGGGGUGCAGCGGACGGACUCACUCAUCAAUCUGCUUAUUAUCUACACGAUCAACACUGGUCUAUUUCCAACUCUAUGUGCUAUCGCAACGUUGAUCAGCUUCUGCCUGAGGCAAGAUGUACUCAUAUACUUCCCUUUCUACAUCCAAAUACCCGCACUGUACCUCAUUGCUCUAGUUGCGAACCUCAAUCAUCGCGAGGUCUUCCGCCGGCAAAUUCAAAGACCUCUCACUCUCGACCUCUCCGCGUUCGACAUGCUACCACCAACAGAAGGCUCACAAUACAUGCAGCGGAUGUCGUAUCCGACUCCCUCGUUCGUGCACCCCAACGUGACGUCAGGAACCUUCACGGUACCCUCUACCCCACAUAUAGCGGCUGAUGACAAAAGCUCAUCUUACACUCAGCGCUUUUCUGCAAACGAUGCAUCAUCGUGUCUCGAGCGAGGUCCUGAGAGAGAACCCUACACACGCUCGGAGUCGUCGGAAGUCAUUUUGGAUUCUAUUGCAGAUCUCGACCUAGCGGUCUCCUAGAUGAUUGGGAUGGUCUUCAAAAUUGCUCGGCCGCUGCUCGAGCCUAUGAUACCAAUAUCAUAUGUACUAAGCUUAAUGAAGUCAUCACAAUCAUCAUUUUCAAUCGAAGCCAUCAAAGCGAUUUUUUUCGUCCGUG